GGACCCGCUGACGAUGCUGCGUGCGCAGCUUCAGUCUGGAGUCGCUACGACGGGACCGCAAUGAAGAGAUAAUAGCAGCCUUAUCUAUUUAUUUCUAACUAUUACGGAUCUCAUUCAUUGAUAAUUGGGAGGACGCGGCCUUCUGGGAAAGCUGCUAAUGCGCUCGUCUGGUUGAAAGGGCUGCUGUGUAGAACAAUGGAUGAGACCUGUCACUAGCACUUGAGGAAGAUUUUAAUUGAUGCUUCAGGCUGAAACAUGGAGGGCAGUGAUGACGUGUCUGUAACCCUGACGCAGCCCCACGCUGACGUGUGCAGCACCGUGGUGGGAGGAGGAGAAAUCACCAGUAAAGUGGAGGAUGGAGUAACUCCGCUCAUGGCUGCUGAUUCCUGUGACAGCAGCGCGUCAGGGCUAAACAAAGGGGGCCUCUCUAGGCUCGUGGAACCUCCUGCACCAUCAGUGAUGAGUCCCAAUCCUGAAACUCCAGGGGGUGUGGCGCUUAAAGUAGCCACAACUGUGCUACACCCAGUGUGUCUGGGGGAAAGCCCGCUGAUGCUGCCCAUCCACCUCCAGAUGGCCGGAGCGUCCGGACCUCAGCUCGGCCAAAUGGGUGCAGCACCUUACUUGAUAACAAGCCAAAGCCCUGUUUCACUUCCUCUGGUCUUGGAUCAGCAGGUCAUCCAGCACAUGAGUCCUUCUGUAAUUCCUCAGACCACUACUUGUCCUCAGUUACCGCUCCAGAACAACAUCCUGUGUCAGAAUCCCCUGACAUUUGGUUUACCUCCAGCUGUCGACCAGAAGCAAGCAGGACAAGCACCAGAUGCUAAUUUGCUCUCUCUCUUGCAGAAUCCAGCUUUUGCAGCCAUCUUGCAGGACCUCUUCCCUUCCCAGGCAAGCUCGUCGGCCUGUCAGUCACCAGGCUCGACCAUCUUCCCACUCCCUCCCCUCACCCCUCCCUACACCUCCCCUCUGGCCCCAUUAGCCCCCCCUGCCACACUCCUCGUCCCCUACCCUGUCAUCAUCCCGCUGCCAGUACCUCUGCCCAUCCCCCUGCCCAUCCCCAUCCCUGUCCCUCAUACUGAGGACUUAAAGGGGAACUUGCCAAAACCAGUUUGCACUGUGAGCAAAAGCACUCAGACCUCUCAGAAAGAUGCUACCUCUCCUUCAAUUUCGUCAAGCAGAUGUGUGCCAUCAUUCCAGCCACAAAGCCUGCCACCAUCUUCACUUCCUCCAGAUGAAGGACAGGCUCUAGACCUUUCUGUCAGGGCAUGUUCAGUUGAACCAAAACAGGAAUACCCCAGCCCGCAGCAGGACAGUGUGCUUGACUUGUCAGUGCCUGGUGUGAGGAAAAAGUGUGUUCAGCCAUGUAGCUCCAGUGGUUCACCAGGACGAAACAGAGAACUGUCUUUCCAGUCAGUCCAGGAUACCAGUGGUACUUCUUUGUCUCUGGGUGUUGAAUGCACCCAGAGUUUAGACUCCAAACUCCUGAGCAGCCUGGCUUCGCUGGAGUUCAGCCGACAGCACAAGUGGGUGGUUGACAGCAGUGCUGGUGGGUCUAGCUCUCUGGGUCCGGAGGCAUCUCUCAGCAGAGCCGGAAACCUAGAGAUAGUCAGCACCUCGCAGACGGCCAAGGUCAUUGUCUCUGUGAAGGAUGCCAUCCCUGCCAUCCUCUGCGGGAAGAUAAAAGGCCUCUCAGGCGUCUCCACCAAAAACUUCUCCAUCAAACGGGACGGCAGCCAGGGGGCGUCUCUGCAGCAGCUCUACGGAGUGUCGCCGGCCUCCCAGGGGGAGCAGCAUGACCCCAACGACCCACUGAAAAAGGUCCCUAAAAGCAGAGCUAUCAAACUGAAGAAGGUCAGCUCACAGGAGAUCCACUUCCUUCCCAUUAAAAAGCAGAGACUGGCAGCACUGCUCCCCAGGAAGUGAGAGUGCUCUUGUGAUCCUUCUGCAAUGUGUAACAUAAAACAUGUGGGGACACUAAUCAAACUCUUACACUUAUAUGUCAAAGCUCAGAGUUUGGCUGCAAAUGUUGAGGCUCAUGAAUGUGUGAAGGGGUGACACGGGGGAGAAAUGGUUUCCAUCUGAACUUUCUAAACUGCUGUGCUUUUCUGUAGUGUUAUACUAAAACAGGAUUUUUUUUUUGUGUAUGGCAGCUUAAUGGGCUCACCGUGUGGUCUUGGAAAUUGUCCUUAUAAAUCUGAGAUGUGGAAGAACACUUUUUGACUUUAUAAUUACAGAAAAGACACAUGGGUUCCAUUUUCCCCUGUAUUUCACGGGUUGUUUCCACAUGUAAUUUUAUUUAAGUGCACUGAAGCCCUUAAAAAGCUGAUAGCUGAGGCUCUCACUGUUCAGGGCAGGAUGUGAUGGAGACUGUUUAUACAUGUCCCAUCCUUGGAAAUUCCCAUAGUCAUCAGUAGCUUAUUGGAUCUUUCUUUGCUGAUUGGUAGGGGUUUAGCAUGACAGACUAAGAACGACUUGGCAAGGCUGCAGCCGCAAGUUCAUUAAAGUGAAUGUUGUCAAUAGCCAUCAGCUGCAACAAAAUACACUCUUAUUGUGUUGAAUAGCAGAGGGAAAAGGGAAUUCUUAAUUGUUUUCAAAUUUAAACAACUUUCUGCAAGCCUGUCUAAAUAUUAGGAAAGUAUUUCUGGAACAAGAUAUUUUUGAGAAACAAUCUGGCUGAAUCUGCCUCACAGCAAGUAGGAGACAUUAUAACCUUGUGUUGUUUCCAUUAUUAGUAAGUGAAACUAGGCGGAAGUUUUAAUAUUGGUUUCACCAUUUAAAUCAAGGGGAGAUGAAGUUUUGAGUGCUUUAGUCUGUUGUUAGAAUCAGUAUUGGUCAGAGUCCCCACACCCCUUUAUCAAACAUGUCAGUGGUAAAACAUUUUUGUAUUCCAAGUGGUUUGGUGUCAUUUUAAUUGUUUUGAGGAGCGUGGUCUUUUUCUCUCCCAUGGUGAUGAUCAGAGCUGUGAAUGCGAGAGUAUUGUGUCGUGUGUCAGUUUAUUUAUCCUGUCGCGUGCACUUUGUCAUAGUUUAGUUGAAAAAGUUACAGGGUGCCCUAUCUCUUCUUCUAAGACUGUGUUGCCCCUGUGACUCACAAACCAGGAACUAAGAGGUGGUGUUUUUACCAGCAUCUUUUGGUUUGUUAGUUGCUGGUCACUUUGUUCACAGCAUAACUCAAAAAAGUAAUGAAUGGAUUUUGAUGACAUUUUUUUGUUGAGGUAGGGUACGGCCCACGGAACUCCCCAUUAGAUUUUGGCACUGAUCCAGAUCAUCAUCCAGAUCCAUGAAUUCUUUAAAUGAUUCUUCACCAGUGUCAGAUAGGGCCAACUUCAGUACUUUUGCUUCCAACUCCAUACAUAAUGCCUAGAAUGCUUGGACAAAAAUUGCACAUAAGAUCAACCACACAACAAAGGAUCCAAGUAAUGUUCAGAUCUGCUGAAGAAUGGUCAAAUGUAGAGGCCUCAUGGAAAACAUGUGACUGUGAGAAAACAAAUAAUGUUACAGACUUAAAACCAAAACCAACAUGUAGCUGAAACUCUACUGAUUCAGCAGGGUGUCCAUAGAUUUGACUUAUAUUCAAAAGUUACUGAGCCAGACCCUGAAGAAAACCACCAUUAGUGAAACAUGGUUUUUCUUGAAUAACUUUCAAACUAAUAAUGAUAUCAAUGUGAGUGAAAAUGCUAGGGGUAGGUUGUCAUGGUGAAGGAAUCGUAUUAUGGGGGUCAAACUACCAUGGGAAAUUAGCGUUAGGCAUUAUAUGGGUGGAGGUUUGUGCUCUGAGUGCCGUCUAGGUUAUGUUAAAGGACUGGAGCAACCCCAGCACAUCAUCCUUGAGUUGCCUGCACUCCAUUCAAGACAGAACUCUUUGGUUUAUAGUUUGAACUGAUCACUUUGGUUGAACAGGAUUUCACCCUAAUUUAUUUUUGUACAACUUUUAUUUAUAUGGUGUGUAUAUGUCCUGGAGUGUGACUGAAUAUUAAAAAAACAGCUUCCUUUGUAACUGUCAGUCUGCUGAAGCACUUUUUUGCUUCAGAAAACUUGUAAUUAUGAUGUCAGUGAAGAAACAUGAAAAGCUGGCAGUUUAAUGUUUGCUUACUGUACAGGUUGUAUGCUUUUUAUAUGGAAGUGAAGUAACAUCUCCAUGGUCUAAAUCUGCUUGUCUGUCUUUUCCUUAAACAAAGUCCAUUCUAAUCUCAACGCUGUGUUUUUUAAUCCGUUUCAUUACUAUCAUUACUAUCAAAGAAGCGCUUUCAGUCUCAUGUCAGGUCAGUGACUGAAAGCCAAACAAGUGGGAGUCCACUUGCUUGGUCCUUUAAUUGGUCUGGGAUUUAAGAGGAUUCAGUGCCCGGAUGCCUUAUAAGAACAAGGGAUGUUUACAGUUAUGUUCAGUACACACAUGCUACAUGAAGCGUCAGUGAUGUAACAAAUUGCCACCCUAAAGUGUACUGAUGUGCAAAUGACUUCAUCUCCUGUAGUAUUUCAGUUAUAUAUACAGUUGUGCAAUUGGACCACAUUUGAUAUAACAGUGAUUUACUGAGUGAGGCUUGUGGGGUCUUGAGUCCAAGCUAAACAGCAGUGUAGACCUUUAGUGUUGACGUUAUUUUUUGUAAAUUAACCUUAAAGCAUUUCAAUUGAAGACGUGGUAGUAGUACAAAAGAGGCCCAAUCAAACUGGCUUCACUGUAUUGUUCAGAGAGAGAAUGCAUUCAGUUUCUGGAUACAGUGUGAAAACAAAAUUGUUGUGAUACAACUAAUGUGAUCAAUCCUUCUUUUUUCAAACUGUUUUGGCAGUUAUUUUCCUGUAUUUCAUGUCAUAAACAUAAGCAGGUUCAGGGACAAAGACAAAAUGUCAGAAACUACGUGAAGAGUGAAAAUGCUGGACUUUGGAGUAAUUCUUACACUGUGCAGUUCUUGUGUAAAGCUCUUGCUUUCUAUGAAAUGGACGACUGAUUUCCUUAAUGAGUUGUCCAAAUCAGCCACACCUGUUGUAGGUAACACAACAGACCUCUAUAAACCACAAAGAAUUAAGCUACUUUGUGCCUCCCUGUGGAAAAACGUAAGAACACAUAAAGAUCCUUUGGUUUUGGGAGGUUUAUAAAAAAAA